GGAGCUGGAGCGGGGCUGUCGCUCAGGUGACCAGUGUCUCUCCGAGGAGGGUGCGAGCAGCUAGCGGGGUGUCGGCAGCAAUGAUCCAGAAUGUCGGAAAUCACCUGCGACGGGGCCUGGCCUCCGUGUUCUCCAACCGUGCAUCCCGGAAGUCGGCCUCACACACUGGGAACAACAUGGCAGAAGGCGAGGGCUACCGGAACCCCACGGAGGUGCAGAUGAGCCAGCUGGUGCUGCCCUGCCACACCAACCAGCGCGGCGAGCUGAGUGUCGGGCAGCUGCUCAAGUGGAUUGACACCACCGCCUGCCUGUCCGCGGAGAGGCAUGCUGGCUGCCCCUGUGUCACAGCCUCCAUGGACGAUAUCUAUUUUGAGCACACGAUUAGUGUUGGACAAGUGGUGAAUAUCAAGGCCAAGGUGAACCGGGCCUUCAACUCCAGUAUGGAGGUGGGCAUCCAGGUGGCCUCUGAGGACCUGUGCUCUGACAAGCAGUGGAGCGUGUGCAAGGCCUUGGCCACCUUUGUGGCCCACCGGGAGCUCUCCAAGGUGAAGCUGAAGCAGAUCACGCUGCGGACCGAGGAGGAGAAGACAGAGCACAGUGUGGCAGCCGAGCGCCGACGUAUGCGGCUGGUCUACACAGACACCAUCAAGGACCUCCUGGCCAACUGCGUCAUUCAGGAUGAUCUGGAGAGCAGAGACUGUAGCCGCAUGGUACCAGCCGAGAAGACCCGAGUGGAGAGUGUGGAGCUGGUCCUGCCCCCACACGCCAAUCACCAAGGCAGUACUUUCGGGGGCCAGAUCAUGGCCUGGAUGGAGAACGUGGCCACCAUUGCAGCCAGCCGGCUGUGCCGUGCCCACCCUACGCUGAAGGCCAUUGAGAUGUUCCACUUCCGGGGCCCAUCCCAGGUUGGGGACCGCCUGGUGCUGAAGGCCAUCGUGAACAACGCUUUCAAGCACAGCAUGGAGGUGGGCGUGUGCGUGGAGGCCUACCGCCAGGAGGCCGAGACCCAGCGGCGGCACAUCAACAGCGCCUUCAUGACCUUUGUGGUCCUGGAUGCAGAUAACCAGCCUCAGACGCUGCCCUGGAUUCGGCCCCAGCCUGGGGAUGGCGAACGGCGGUACCGAGAGGCCAGUGCCAGGAAGAAGAUCCGCCUGGACAGGAAAUACAUCGUGUCCUGUAAGCAGGCGGAGAUGCCCCUCUCUGUCCCCUGGGACCCUAGCAACCAGGUGUACCUGAGCUACAACAACGUCUCCUCCCUGAAGAUGCUCGUGGCCAGGGACAACUGGGUGCUGUCCUCAGAGAUCAGCCAGGUCCGCCUGUACACUCUAGAGGAGGACAAGUUCCUCUCCUUCCACAUGGAGAUGCUGGUGCAUGUGGACGCCGCCCAGGCCUUCCUGCUGCUCUCAGACCUCCGUCGGAGGCCCGAAUGGGACAAGCACUACCGGAGCGUGGAGCUAGUGCAGCAGGUGGACGAGGAUGAUGCCAUCUACCACAUCGUCAGCCCUGCCCUCGGCGGUGACCCCAAGCCCCAGGAUUUUGUGAUCCUGGCCUCUCGGCGGAAGCCUUGUGACAACAGGGACCCCUAUGUCAUUGCGAUGAGGUCAGUUACGCUGCCCACGCACCUCGAGACCUCGGAGUACAGGCGUGGGGAGACCAUCUGCUCAGGCUUCUGCUUCUGGCACGAGGGGGACCAGUUGACCAAGGUGUCCUACUAUAACCAGGCCACCCCAGGCUUUCUCAAGUACGUGACGACCAAUGUGACUGGCCUCUCCUCUGAGUUCUACACCACCUUCAAAGCUUGUGAGCAGUUCCUCUUGGACAACCGGAACGAUCUGGCCCCCAGCCUCCAGACCCUCUAGG